AGGUAAAGGUACAAGACUAUACGAACGCCUCGCUAUGCUGACUCUUUUCGCGCACGCCUCCCGACAUCGCUAAUAUCUCUCCGAUAACCUCAUUCACUGCGCCGAGAAAAUUGCGACAAUGUCUUUCAACCCGAAUCAACCCCACGGCGGCCCCGCUGGAGCUCCUCCGAAUAUGGCACAGAACUUCAAUGCCAUGCUUCAGCGUUCGCUACACGAGCCGGGCCAGCCUGAACAGCUUGCAGAGGCCCCCGGGCAGCCUCCAUCAUCUCUUGGUUACAGUGGUGUAUACAGUGCGACACCACCACCCCAACAUGGACCCAACGUUCUCGGUGGAGGACGAGCGCCGCCGCAACAUAUACUACCAGUCGAUCUCCCGCCCCAAGCUUUCUUAACGUCAGCAAUGCUCCUGGAUAUGGUUGAUAAGAAAGUGGAUGUCUUAUUGCGCGACGAAAAGGAAUACAUUGGUAUACUGCGCUCAUACGAUCAAUUUGCCAACCUCGUCCUCACAGAGUGCUACGAGCGAAUAGCAGCGCGCAACCCCGAAGCAACUCCAUCCUCCGACCCAUCUACUCCUAGGUGGCUAAUACACGACGUCAAGCUCCCCGGUCUCAUGACAAUACGAGGCGAGAAUGUCACUAUAUGCGCGACCGUAGACCUCGACCGAGAAGACGCGCCCCGGGGUGCAAAGUUUGCGGAAGUUGAGGAAGUGAGGGCAUUAGCAGCAUCGCAGAAGGCAGAAAAGAAAGAAAUCGAUUCACGGAAAGCGAAGGCGUUGAAGAAGGCGGGCAUUGAGCCAGCCUUUGGUAUGCAAGGAUAGAUAGGUGGCAGCACGGAAAGAAAAGAGUAUGAAUUAUGAAACAAAAACAGAGGGUAUUACAUUUGGCAUGUUCAACGGCUAGGGGCGCUUGGAUAGCUACUUUGGCUUUUCAUGAUAUCGAUGAUACCAGGACGAUAUGUCCACCUACCACGCAAGCAUGAUUCCCCCGUCCCGUUUCCCUAGGCAGCUGGUCAAUAGACAUCACAAGUGGUGUGAAAAACAGUCCUGGCUCUGGAGACAAAUGGGCAGUGGCAUGAAGAUGCGUUUAGUCGAGUGAGACUUACUACCACAAAAAUAUCAAUAGCAUUCUUAGCGCUUGAUUACAAUGGAAGUAGCUCUAGUUCAGGUCGGACCCGGAAAAGACGAGUGUCUGUGUAGACGAUGAAAGCGAAUCUACUCUGGAUGGAUGUUCGUUGUGCGAUCUGUUCUUAAAAGUGCAUCAUGAUACACGC